AUGUCAUCAGUUAAUACAGUACCAUCUAAACUUGACACUGAGAAGAUCAAUCAACUAAAGAGUCAGUCUGCAACAUCAUUCUUCAAUAAUGUAAAGCCACUGUUAACGCCAGUAGAGGAGUACAAACCUGUUGGCUACCAUCUAAAGAUGGUGCAGGUUAUCACUAGACACGGAAGACGAACACCAGAGACAACCCGCUUCCCAUUGGCACUGUGGAUGUGCAACUCCACCGACAACCUCAUUGUUGAUCGUGAUGAGACUAGACCAGAGUGCAGUCUGGGUCAGCUCACUGUGUUUGGAACGCGAGACCUCAUCAAUCUCGGUGCCAACUAUAGAAAGCUUCUGAUCGAUGGUAUAGGAUACCUCUCCAAGGACUAUAAGCCCGGUGAGGUCUAUGUACGCUCAUCCGACCGUGAGAGGACCAUAUCAUCUGCACGCUCUCUGAUGCAUGGCCUGUAUGGUGGCUCCUUUGCCGACGCCCAAGAGCACAUGUUACAAGCAGCCACCUCCUUCUACAUCCGACCAGAAGCCGUGGAGAAUAUCUAUCCUCGUCGAUCAUGUCCCAAGUAUCUGUUCCUCUAUCAACUGCUGCGUAAGCAUCCUGCCGUGUUGGAGGAGCAAAAGCAGAGUGGCCUGGCAGAGUUCACCACCAAGUUGCAGGGCAUCUUUGACAAGUCCAAGGGAAGCGACUCUCCUCUCUACAUCUCCUCGUGGCGCUCAUACGCUGGUCUGGUCAACUCGUUCGACUGCUUCAGGAACCAUGGCCUGCCCCUACCCGAUGGCUUCACCGAUCAGAUCAUCAACAGGAUGUAUCUAGAGGCCUCCAAAGAGUACAAGCAACUGGCACUCUUCCCUGAGCUCUCGCGACUGGGCAUUGGUCGCUUCAUUGGUGAUCUGAGCACGCAGCUCACCUCCAAGGUCAACAACGACACUGCUACAUCCGAUCUCAAGUUUGCUCAUUACUCUGCGCAUGACACUACACUUGGAGCACUGCUUGUGGCCUAUGAUAUGUACACUGAUAACAAGCAUCCAGAGACUGCAUCAUCACUUGAGUUCCUACUCUUUGAGAAGGACAAACAACAGAAGCAACAACAGCUACAACAACAACAACAACACUUUGUAAAGGUGGUAUAUAAUCAACAAGUGUUACACAUUGGCAAGUGCAAGGAGUUUGAGGUGGAUGGCAUGUGUCCAUGGGAUAAGUUCAUGGAGAUCAGCAAAAAGAACACCCCAGUCAACUUCAAAGAAGAGUGUGCCAUCAGCGAUGAAGAGAAGACCCGCUACAACAUAGCCAUUCAAACCUCCAAGACCUAUUAG